CUUUAACCUAGCACCAGGGGGAGAGGACAGGAGAAGAACAGGAGUACUUCAACUACCUUUUGACUAGUAGUCUCUCUUGCUUAAUGAUGUCUGAGGCAAUUACGAUUACCAGCAAAAACUAGGACAAGCAGCUGAGUUUUCAGUCCUGACAUCAUUCAUCAUUAUCUGAAAAAUAUGGGCCAGCAAAUGGAACAACUAAUACGAGAUGAUUCCGGUAGCAAGAUAGAUUCCGAACAAGAACUCUUACACUUACUCAAGUACAAAGCUGGUUUCGCCGAAAUUCUUGUGCCAGAGUUCCAGCAAGAUGGUUGGGAAGUGCGUUUAGAGAAUCCACCGCAGGCGUAUAUGCAUGUUAGCCGUCCUGAAUGGGGUGACGAACGCAUGAACGGGAUCCAUUUGGAGACAUACGUCCUCAGACAACAUUAUGAAACCACAAUGUUGGUACUUCUAGUUUGUUGAGGUAAAUGUCAGUAUCACGCAUUUUAAGUGAAAAUUUUCGACCAAUGCCGAAUGGAACCCAGCACUACAACUAGUACUAGGCAUCGUUCUCCGCAGACCCAGUCAUCUGCCCACAUUUCUUUGUGCGGGUGCAUAAGAAAUCAUAUAAAGCGUAGCAAUACUAACUAUUGAUUAGUACUUAUUCUUGUUUGAUAUGAUCAUGGAUUCUGAGCAGUCCGAAACGCAUCUGCUCUAAGUAUAAUUCUAUGAUGGCGUGGCUCCUGUAGCGUUACAUUGUGAAGGUGGGUCGCCUGUGGCUUGUGCCGAGUUCAAGCGAAGAAUAGCUGAGAAGUGUUGUGAUCUGGUUCGAUCGUGGGGGACCGGGGAGUGGAAGUUUGCAAAAGAACAUUCUUCCUGCAGUGUUUUUGAAGUGCUUGCACCCCUUUCGCCAGAUUCGAGGGAGACGCUCGAAAAACUUGCUGUUGAGCUUCGAAGACUCCGAACGAUAGGACCAAUGAUAGAUUCUGUUAUCAGAGACCUCAAAGUCUAA